AUGAGACUCGCUACUCCUCGCUCCCUGCUGAGCUACCUUGCUCUGGCUUUCGUCGCUCUCUCGCCUUUCCUUCUCGGCGCUGCUACCGCCCAAAAGGAUGUCGAACCGCAAGUCGACCCCAGGACCGGUUUAGCGUUCACGCAUGCGUUCCCCAACAACCCUUUCAAAACCAUUAUCACGGGCGAGUCGACCCCGAUCGCUCUUAACAUCACUAAUGGUGGUGAAUGGAACCAUACUCUUGUGGGCCUCGGUGGGUUCUUGGCCCACCCUAGGAAUCUUUCCAUUCCUUUCCGUAAUUUGACGACGCGCAAAUACAAGACGCCGGUCCGCGUGCAGCAGACGAUCCCAGUGACGUACAACUUCAUCGUCGAGACAGAAGCUGGCGAGUACGGCCUUGUUGUCUUUGCCAACACCAUCGACAACGAGGGCGUCGCGCACCGCGUCCUUGCGUACCAAGGACUCGUCACCAUCGCCGACAACGAUUCUCUUUUUGACCUCCAGAGUCUCUCAAUCUACGCCCUCCUCCUGGCCCUCAUCGGCGGCAUCGGCUACUCCUUCUACAACUCCUUCCUCGGCGCCCCGGCCACUUCGGGCAAAAAGCGCGGCUCAACAACCACGCCUGCCCCCAUCAUCCGCCGCGAGUCCAACGUCAAGCCAGGCGAGCCGGACAUGGACUGGAUCCCUGACCAUCAUUUGAAGCAGGAAGGGAAGAGCAAGAGGCAGAGCGCGCGGUUGGUGAAGAAGCGCGCGACGGCGAGUCGGGAGAGUUUGGCGGGUAGUACGGAGAGUUUGGCGAGGAGUGACAGUAACUAG